GGUGACAGUGUCGGCAUUGCGUGAAGGAUUAAAAAUAUCAAGAAUAUCGUUCGUAAACAGGUUACAAAAGAUAUGGAUAACGCUAGAAUUUUAAAGAUAAUUGCUGCCAUUUUAGCGAUAUUAGGUUUGAUUACAGCCGGAGUAUGCAUCUGGAUUCUUUCAGAUCCUUUAAAAUUUACGGUCGUGGUACUGAAUCCUGGAUAUUCUCCUAAAAUUGCAAUCACCACAGCAGUAUUGAUGAGUCUGGUAGGAAUUGCAACAGUUAUCCUUCCCGUGAAUACAAGCGAACGCAUUUUCUUUAGUUCGGGUUUAACAUUUAUGGCAUUGGCAUUAUCUCUCACGUCUUUUUCUAUAGCAAUCGAUGAGAUUUCCGACGAUUACCUACCGAAUGAUAUUUUAGAAUCAUAUUACAGAAGAUUGAAGAUAGUGGCUGGCUUUUCUGGAUGCGAUGCAGCAAUUACAAUUUUGGUACUUUGCGCUUUCUUUGUGAAUCGUGCAUGAUGAUAAUACGAUUUCUGUGAUUAGUGAUUUCUUGAUGUCAAGGAAACAAUGAACUUUAGGAUUUCAUUGAAUCUAUAUAUAUAUAAUCGAGACGAGUUAAUAAUAAUAAUAAUAAUA